AUUAGAGAGAAAGCUAGCCGUUCUCUUUCCCGUGAGAGAGAUACUCGGGGCCGGGGGCAUCGUUAAACACUCAAGAGGAGGUUUGCAGCUCCCAUUUUCAAUUGAGGUGGCUUGAAUCAGGGGAGUUGGUUCAGUGGAUUAGCAUGCUCUGAAGAUGGUUUUUAUUACACUGAUCCUUAUAAUUCAUCAAUGCAGAUAAUGGAUGCCGGAAUGUUUAGGUGUGAGUCUGCUUUGAAGGGAGAUAUGUUCACAUCAAGUGAUGCUUUAAGGAAAGCUGGACCUGAAUUCUCGAUCAUGGGGCAUUUUCCUUUUAAACAAGGUAAAUCCUUUGCAUUGAGUGGAUCUCAUGCUAGAAGGCCUUUUGGUGGUGUGUUCAGAUCGUGGAUGGUUGAGAGAUGUGCUCCUUUGCAUCUUUUCAUUCCACGUCCAGUUAGAGAUGAACACAAGGCUGUGAAAUGCUUUAAAAAUGAUUCAUCUGUCUUGAACCACAUCCUAAAUGACCUCCUAGUCGAGGACAAAUUUUUUCCCGAGGAAACAGAUAUUGGGUCAGAUAAAUUUUUGUCCGAGGAAGGAGAUGUUAACUCAGAUCACAGCAAAAGUUUACCAAAAAGAGACCAUAUUGUUGAGGAGCCUUGGCUAUUACAGCCGUCAUUGCUUUCUCAUCAUUUUGAAGAAUCAGAUGCUUCGGGUGUUGUUUUUGAUGAUAACGAGUAUUUUAAAUGCCUUGAUAAUGAUGAUCUUGAUACAAGGUUCCUAAAUCAUGAAUCUGCUGAUGGAGAAUCUGAGAUUGAGUAUCUAGCUGAAGUUGCUACAACAGAUAAGAACAGUGGCUUUUCAGGAACCUGUUAUGGAUCAAGUUUUCCCGUUGAGGAGCCCUGGCUUUUUGAAUCAACAAUCAAUUAUUCGAGUUGUAAUGACAAAAUGAUCCCUGAUGUGUCUACUUGCGAAGAACAUGCUAGAAGUGAAGAAGCUUACCAUACAAAUCACAGUGAGCAUCAUCAAGAGCCUGAGAAGCUGUUGCCUGUUGAAAAUAUUGUAAUUUCUGAGAAGGAAUCGGUUACAACAGUUAUAUUAAUAAACUCGUCUAUUUGCACAAUGCAAAGGAUUGCUGUUUUAGAAAACGGGAGAUUAGUGGAAUUGUUGUUAGAACCUGUGAAAAACAAUGUGCAGUGUGAUAGUGUAUAUCUAGGUGUAGUUACUAAAUUAGCCCCCCAGAUGAAUGGUGCAUUUGUAAAUAUUGGCUGCCGCCAAACUGCAUUCAUGAAUAUUAUUUCCAAAAAGAAGCCCUUUGUAUUUCCUCAAGAUUGUGAUGAUAGCAAAGGUAGUGAAACCAAUGGAUUCGAGUCUGAUAAGUUUGCAGAAAAGUCAGAUCUUCCCGAAACUGAAGCUAAUUUGAAUGAAGCCAUAGAGGAUGAUGAGAUAGAUGAUGAUUCUGUAGAAUAUAUAGACAAUGAUUUUGAGGAGAAUGAAAAUCAUGAUAGGAUUGAUGCUUCUGAAGUCCUUGAAGGAAAUGGUACUUGUAAUGUUGGUAACGGGGUUGAAACUCAUCUUUUGAAAUCUCUGAAUAAGUUUGAGAAAAAUGGUCAUCAGGAAGAAAAUAAAAGGCCGAAAGGAGAAAGCAAGUGGGCACAGGUUCGGAAAGGCACUAAAAUAAUUGUACAAGUUGUUAAGGAAGGAUUGGGUACAAAGGGCCCCGCACUCACUGCUUAUCCAAAACUACGAAGCAGAUUUUGGGUUUUAAGUGCUAGCAGUGACAUAAUAGGGAUUUCAAAGAAAAUAUCCGGUGUUGAGCGUACACGUUUAAGAGUCAUAGCGAGAACUUUACAACCUCCAGGUUUUGGUCUUACUGUAAGAACAGUUGCUGCUGGCCAUUCAUUAGAGGAAUUGAAGAAGGAUUUGGACAGUUUGCUUUUGACUUGGAAAAGUAUAACUGAGCAUGCACAGUUUGCUGCUCUUGCCGCAGAAGAAGGAGUAGAUGGAGCAGUUCCCGUUAUGCUUCAUCAGGCAAAGGGCCAAACGCUCUGCAUUGUCCAGGAUUAUUUUAACGAUAAGGUUAAAAGCAUGGUGGUUGAUUCUCCAAGGACAUAUCAUGAGGUUAAAAACUAUCUUCAGGAAAUAGCUCCCGAUCUAUGUGACAGGGUUGAGUUAUACAACAACAAAACUCCCCUCUUUGAUGAAUAUAAUAUCGAGGGCGAAAUAGAUAGCAUUCUUAGCAAAAGGGUUCCCCUUUCUAAUGGAGGUUAUCUGGUGAUAGAACAAACGGAGGCAUUAUUCUCCAUUGACGUUAAUGGUGGUCAGUGUAUGCUUGGGCAGGGGACGUCACAAGAGAAAGCUAUUCUUGAUGUCAACCUUGCGGCUGCUAGACAAAUUGCUAGGGAAUUGAGGCUGAGAGAUAUCGGUGGCAUUAUUGUGGUGGAUUUCAUAGAUAUGAUGGAUGAUUCAAAUAAGAGAUUGGUUUAUGAAGAAGUAAAAAAGGCCGUUGAGAGGGAUCGAUCAACCGUCCAUGUCUCUGAGGUAUCCAGGAAUGGGCUUAUGGAAAUCACACGGAAACGAGUUCGACCGAGUGUGACAUUUAUGAUCAGUGAGCCAUGCACCUGUUGUCACGGUACUGGGAGAGUGGAAGCUUUAGAGACUGCAUUUUCCAAGAUUGAGCGUGAAGUUUCUCGUUUUCUGUCAAGAAUGGACCAGAAAUCAGACCCUCGAGAUCCCAAUUCAUGGCCCAGAUUUAUUCUCAUGGUUGAUCAGUACAUGUCCGACUAUUUGACUAAAGGAAAGAAGUCGAAGUUAGCAGUAUUGAGUAGCUCUCUCAAAGUAUGGAUUGUACUAAAGGUUGCUAGAAAUUUUACGAGGGGGGCGUUUGAUUUGAAACCCUUGACAAUCGACGAGUACAAUAAUCAAGACCGACCUCCCAUUCCAGUAUUAUGGCCUGCCGAGGCUGGGACUGGGAGUCACCCUCACAAGAAGGUGACACUCUUCCCCAUCAAGAAGUCGAAGACUGGUGGAAAAUGAUAGCGCCCGCACUUCAUCCUCUUUCAGCCUACGCAGGUUGGAAUCCAGAUACGACCAUUUGAAUUGAUGAUGACGAGUCUGGUUUUGUGUUUUCUGCUUCAAUCUCAUGUUCUGCAUUUCCCCGCUGCAAAUAGGUUCUCUAUAGCAAUAACGAGUUUUGUGGAUGAGCCAUUUUAACUACAGGAUAUCUAUACUCGAGAAAAGCUUUGGCAAACGACUCUGACAGUAAUUUAACACAAUCUUGCAUCCGAGUGCUUUCGUGCUAAAGCAAAGGGAGCAAUCUGUUUAUCAUUUGCCCAAGGACUCGUGUGCCAAAUACAAACAGGGAAACAAACGAGCAUAUUUCAAGCAGGCGGGCGAGGGGGCGACAAAAAACAAAACUACAUCUGAGCUAACAUUUUUGUAACCGGGGGUAGACGACCUGCUGAGCCAUUAACAACAACAGCGACAAGACAAGAUAUCGAACCAUGUAUAGGGUUUCGACUUUUCUCUUCAAUUUCCCGCGCUGUUGGUUGUGGUUCCAUCCUGUAUAUGUUGCUUGGAGCCCAGGAAAAGGGGUACAAGUUUCUGCAUACUCUACUAAAUGGAAACACUCUUUCAGGAAUCCCUCUGCAUAUCAAUCUGUGUUUUAGAACUGUUCAUUUGGUAUAUGUCAAGCAAGGGGUGUAUGCACAUUUUUUUCUGUUUUGGCUAUACAUGAGAGUACAGGGAAUUUUUUAUUUUCAUUUUUUAUGGCUUAUCAUUUCAUGAAAUAAUGAAUAUUUCACAACUGUAUCAUAUUUUUGGAUAUUUUGAACUAUUUUAGGAAAUCAACUAAUUAAUUGUAUGACUA